AUGGUGUGUUAGCAAGGCGGAGCUCCCGCACUGGGACGCACAUUUUCACGUGGGAACUGCUUAUUGUACGUUCCGGAUAGUUGCCGUGCGCUGUGUGGCCUGCGGUUGGAGCCGGUCUUCAUGUGUGACAGUGUGAUACAGUUACUAAAUGUUCCUUGAGCUUUAUGAUGGAGUUGUAGGUCUCUGAGCUGCAUCUGGAGACCUGGAGGUGGAGAGGUUGAUUGUUGGGCGAUACUUGUUUGGCUUGUUGAUAUUUUGCGCAAUUCUGCCCUCUUGUGGUUGUAACAGUCAGAGGCUGGCACCAUAUUCCAAACACCCACCAUCUGCACUGAAACCACUGCACAACAAUUCAUUUUACUUUAAGAUCCACUCACACACCAUCCGCCAGCAUCUGUGCUUCCACACUCGUUUUUGUUCAUUUGUUUUAAUGAUUCUUAAUAAUUUACAUAUAUUUUUUACACAUUGCUCCUAUGUGCUGCUUCUUUUUCAAAGAAAAGGUUUGUUCUUAUAUCUAAAGAGGAAAUAAAUUCUCACACAACACAAAGAAAAUAAAAAGAUUUAAUAUUUGCACAUUAAUCACAGUUGAGUCACUUACAGUAACUGUUGUGGCAGCAGUAGGUGUGAGCGUGACUCAUGUUAAUGUUAUCAUUUCUGCUCCUUUUGUUAAUAAUUAACAGUCAGUCAACUUUCCAGCUCAUCUCUUCGGUCAGCGCCCUCGCAGGCAGUCGGACAGCCCAUUUUGUGAAAGCUGCUGAUAACAAGCAUGUUAUUGUGAUUUUUCAGCGCCCGUCUGUUGUUGGUUUUUUUUUUCUUUUAUUAUAUGGCUGUAAACAUGUGUUCGCUCGAACACUAGUGCCUCUGGUGUCAGGGAUAAAUUUCUCUGGUGGCAACUUUUGAAUUUCUUCUGUCGAUAUGGUCUGCAAUUUCUCCCAUAUGUGAGAAAUGCCAGCUGCUCCUCAUGGACGUGGACUGUAGCAAUGAUACCUCACCAUCUGUGUGCUCUGAAGAAGCAUCUGGUCCACUUGCUGUCAUUAUCAUCCCCUCUCUGUUGGCUCUGAGCACAGUUUUAGUCGUGACUCUGAUUUUCUGCAGUCUCUAUACAAACAAACAAAGAAGACAGAGGACCACAGGUCAUUUGACAAACGGCCAGCAGAGCGUAUCCCUGACUGCAGAUUCUGUAAGCACUUCAAAUGUCCAGGCAGCUUUGUGUCCCUGGGAAAUCCCUGAAGAGUGUGUUCUUGAGAGUCUAGAGUUUUGGCAGACAGGUCGCUAUGGCCCUAUCUGUAAAGGUUUGCUUAAGAAUAGAGAUGGAGCCUCAUCUGCUGUGGUGGUUAAGUCCCUCCGAGAUGGUCCCAACCAGCCUGAAGCUAAGGAGUUUGUGCAGUGGGUCUUCUUCCACGCCACGGUGUGUAAACAUGAGAACGUGGUGCAGAUGUUGUACUGUCAGACCAAGCGUCCACCUAUGUACCUGGUCUUAGAUGCCUACAACCCAGGGAACCUCCUUCACUUCCUCUGGACACUCAGAAAUACAAAUUCAAGCAUAGCAGAUCCAUUGCAAAACUUCUCCGAGAGGUCAGUGUUUCUGGUGGCAAAGCAGGUUGCUGCUGGUCUGGAUUACCUGAUGUCUGAGCACAGGCUGGUGCAUGGCAAUGUUGCUGCCAGGAACAUCUUAAUUGGCCCAGGUCUCUCAGCCCGAGUGUGUGGGCUGGGUGUGGCAUUUAGAGCACGCGAAAUGGAUUCAGCAAUUAGGAAGAGAGCAACAGAGGUGCCUCUGAAAUGGCAAGCUCCAGAGAGGAUUAUAAUGCAGCUCAGUAUCGACAGGAGCGACGUGUGGUCAUUUGGAAUCUUACUCUAUGAGCUGAUUACCUUAGGCUCUCCCCCAUAUCCUGAGCUGGAGCCUCUGUCAGUGCUUCCAAAGCUACAGGCAUCUUAUCGAAUGAAGAGACCAGAGAACUGUGGGGGACCUCUGUAUGACCUGAUGAAGUACUGCUGGAUGUGGAGUUUCAAAGAGCGGCCGGCAUUUUCAGCCAUCAUAAAGCUUUUGGAGUCCUCACUUCACCUUGCUGCUACAAACCCUGUUUGUGUUCCUGAGGUCAUUGACGUAUUUGAAUACAACAGAAAGGCAGGGCUGCUCUCAUAGAGUCAUGUAAUAGCUUAAUAUGUCUGCAACAUUCAAUAAGAAUACAUAAAGUGCAAUUGUUUCUUCAUUUGCAGUACAACAUCCAAUGUAUCAUAUAAUUGGUACAUUUGUAGCUAUCCAUCAUGUAAAAAGUGACCAAGUCAUUUUAUUAUUACCUCUUUAUUGUCAAAAUGUACAGACUUAAAAGCACAGAUCUUACUGUUCAUUAAGAUCUUUCCCACUUUUUCCCAGUAUUGGGCAAGCACAUUUUUUGUAUCUAUAAUGCUCUUGGCAGGCAUACAUUACUGUGAGUUUACAAUUUGAAAACCAAAACACCCACACAGGAAAUCUGAAUUUACUACUGACUGUACUAGAGUAGAUUUGUGUUCAGCCCGUCCAUGCACUUUACAUUGUAGAUUUUCUUCACGGCACCUGUUAUCAUAAACCAUGUCAAGAACCACAGUGAGUUCAAAUCAGUACGGAAUCAGAAAAUAUGACAUUGGUAUGUUGUUGUUGUUGUUGUUGUUUUUUUAAAACAGAGGUCUUAAAUGAAGAAAUUCUGCUGCACCUUGUCAGAAUACUCACACAAGGCAGACUCAUAAAUAACUCAAAAAUGGCUAUGACUAUGAAUUAUAGCUUUCAGAAGAUUCAAAUCAUUGAAAUCACUCAUCUGAAAUUACCUUCAUACCCUGUUUCUGACACCUCUGAGUACAAGCUCAAGGAUGAUGUUUGUUAAAGGGUAAUCAUUGAUGAGAAUUUAAGUAUGGGGUGUUGAUAGCUUUAAGGGCUGAAUACUGACACAUUUACUGUCAUUCUGUACUAUUAUCUACUUUAGGCUUCUGAGCAGAUCGGUAUGAAACUAUAUAAUUUCCCCAUUUCUCACUCACAAUGCAGAGACACAAAUACCCAUUGUGAAACACAAGUGAUGUCAAAAACAAGUCUGUGCUAUAAAGAACUGCUCUACAAAAAGCAACUUCCCUUAGACUUAAUACUGGCCGAGUGACGCCCUUAUUCUAUCCUUCCUUAACCUCUGUUGGUUUUAAGUUUCUGCUGCCCUGUGCUUGUGACUAUAGUGCUACUUCAAAUAUAUCACCUUUAAGGUGAGGCAGAAUCUGUGGCAAGGUGACAUUUUUACCCACUAGAUGGCAGGAAAUGCAGGCUUUACAGUCUCUAUGCCUCUUGAAGGGUAAAUUCACUCACCUUCGGGAGGCAGAAAACUACUGUUGCAGAGUUAUUUUUGAGAUGCACCUUCUGUUCAUGUUGCAUUUUGUGUUUCCCUUCAGUUACUGAUGCCACCACCGGUUUUCUGACAAGUGACUGAAAACACCUGUGGUGACAUUUGACUCUAGUCUGAGGAAUACUGUGAAAUGCGACAGGGAUCCAGUGUGGAUUUACUUACUAUUUGAACUGUAACACCUCUUAAAACAGAGGCAAACACACACAAAAUAAAACCAUACAUAGAAGAAAUAUGGAAAUCUAACAUGUCAUUGUGGACAGACACAACUUAAUAAAAACCUAUUGGCCUCUAA